AAUCCAAUUUUCUGUUUCUUGUUUUCUCUACUUAUAAAUUUCAUUUUUUACGCUCAAAAUUGGCCAUGAAAUCCCGGAAACGACAGGAAAAUGAAAGAAAUUGAAAGUUUCGAUCCGUAAACAAACUCGCUGUUUAAUUGAUCAUUUCUAUGGUUCCAGAGGUUCAUUUUCUUCUCUUUCUCGAAUAUUCUCAGCAACCAAACGAGGCAUAAGCAAGGUGAUCCGUAUAUUUUCUUGGGCACCUUCUGCGUUUUUGAAGAUUAGAGAAUUCAAUUCAAUUGAGCAGUUGCUUGUGCUGCUUUUGCGGAGAUCAGCUGUUUUGCAAAAUGAAGGGCCGAGUUAGAUGGGAUGAGGCUAAUCUGGGAGAAAUCGAAGCAAAUAAACCUGUAAGGCAGAAAAUUACUGAGCCGAAGACGCCAUACCACCCUAUGAUGACCGAUGAUGAGGAUGGAUCUCUGUCUCCUAUACGGGGUAGCUUCAAUGAUUGUGUUGGUGAUGCAGUUCAUGCAGAAGCAAUACGAACUGCUUUGACCGAUGUAGCAUCAUCAAGUAGAAAGAACACCCCAAGAUCUACUGGCUGGACAUCAUCUGAGGAUGAGGCAGAUGCUAUGGAACAAGAUGAUGAAGAGAGUAGAUGUGCCUUCAAACAUGGUUUCAGGAUUUCAAGGUCUUGUGCCUUCAAAUUAUUGGCAGCUGCUUACCUCAAGUAGUUGGUAUUAUGGUUAUCUUGAGAGUUGAGAUGAGUUAAGCCAUGCAUACAGUUUUGAGUUCUACGAUAUGGCACCAUAAUGAAAUAACCAAUCAACUUGUUACCUGCAAUGUGUAAGUUUGCACUGGACUGCAUGGUUGCGUCUAUAUUUUAUUUUUGUAAGAAGCCAAACCAAAGGGACGAUUGCCAUCAACCGCUGCAGAAGGCACAAUAUUACUUGGAAGCUCGUAAACCGUCUAGCUCAGCUUGUGUUCUUAUUGUGCCGCAUGGCUUGUAAACUGCUCCUCAAUGGAAGCUCUGUGUAUGUAUAUGUAUAAUUCAUUCUUUAAGUAUUUGAGUGUGACUAUAUUUCCUUAGAAAAUUUUCAUGGAAAUUUACAAUACCUGAUCAUAAUCAUGUAUUGCUUUGUCAAA